CGCGGGAUGCGGCCGGAGGGUUUGAACGGUGCGCAGGCGCGUAGGCGGCGCCGGGCGCGAUCCGUGCUGCGGAGGACUCUGCGAGCUCGGAAGCGCAAUGUCUCAGGAAGGCAGUUAUGGGCGGUGGACAAUAUCCAGUAGUGACAGUGAGGAUGAAAAGCCCAAACCAGACAAGCCCUCUACCUCUUCCAUCCCCCGUGCUGGGCAGGGAGCAGCAAAGGAGCUGAGCUACACCUGCUCCGAGGCUCGGAAAGCUGCACACAAGAGGCAGAUCUCACCGGUGAAAUUCGGCCACGCAGAUUCGGUUUCACCUUCCAAAAAGCAGAGAAGUAGUUCCCAGGAAGACCUCGGCUGGUGUCUCUCCAGCAGCGACGAUGAGCGCGAACCGCACAUGCGGCAAACGCAGGCUGAGCCCGCAGUGGUCAAAGAGGAAAAAGAUAUCCCCACUCCCAAAGAUGGUGCUGCUCAGAGAACUGGAAAUCACGGCUCUCCUGCCCACUACGGGCUCCAAGAGGAGGAAGACGAGUGUGAGACGUCAGGGGAAGGCCAGGAUAUUUGGGACAUGUUGGAUAAAGGGAACCCUUUCCAGUUCUACCUCACCAGAGUCUCGGGAAUCAAGCCGAAAUACAACUCCAAAGCCCUCCACAUCAAAGAUAUUUUAUCUCCUCUAUUUGGGACACUUGUUUCCUCAGCUCAGUUUAACUACUGCUUUGACGUGGACUGGCUUGUCAAACAGUAUCCAUCAGAAUUCAGGAAGAAACCAAUCCUGCUCGUACAUGGUGAUAAACGAGAAGCUAAGGCGCAUUUGCAUGCGCAGGCAAAGCCUUAUGCCAACAUUUCCCUGUGCCAGGCGAAGUUGGAUAUUGCAUUUGGAACACACCACACUAAAAUGAUGUUAUUACUGUACGAAGAAGGCCUCCGGGUCGUCAUCCACACCUCCAACAUCAUCCGUGAAGACUGGCACCAAAAAACACAAGGAAUAUGGCUGAGCCCCUUGUACCCACGAAUUGACCAUGGAACACACAGAGCUGGAGAAUCAAAAACACAUUUUAAAGCUGAUCUCAUCAGUUACUUGACGGCUUAUAAUGCCCCUCCCCUCCAAGAAUGGAUAGAUACCAUCCAGGAGCAUGAUCUCUCUGAAACAAAGGUUUACCUUAUUGGCUCAACUCCUGGACGUUUUCAAGGAAGUCAGAAAGAUAACUGGGGACAUUUUCGGCUUAGAAAGCUUCUGAAAGAACAUGGCACAUCUAUACCUAACACCGAAUGCUGGCCCCUAGUGGGUCAGUUUUCAAGCAUUGGCUCAUUGGGGGCCGAUGAAUCAAAAUGGUUUUGUUCAGAGUUUAAGGAGAGCUUGCUGACACUGGGGGCGGAAAACAAAACUCCAAGGAAAAGCUCUGUCCCUCUUCAUUUGAUCUACCCUUCUGUGGAAAAUGUACGGACCAGCUUAGAAGGCUAUCCUGCCGGGGGCUCUCUUCCCUAUAGCAUCCAGACAGCUGAGAAACAGAACUGGCUACAUUCCUACUUUCACAAGUGGUUGGCCGAGACGUCGGGCCGCAGCAAUGCCAUGCCACACAUCAAGACUUACACGAGGCCCUCCCCAGACUUCAGCCGCAUCGCCUGGUUCCUUGUCACGAGUGCAAAUCUGUCCAAGGCCGCGUGGGGAGCGCUGGAGAAGAAUGGCGCCCAGCUGAUGAUCCGCUCCUAUGAGCUCGGGGUCCUUUUCCUCCCUUCAGCAUUUGGCCUGGCCAGCUUCAAGGUGAAGCAGAAAUUCUUCUCCGGCAGCCAGGAGCUUGCAGCCCCCUUCCCCGUGCCGUACGAUCUGCCUCCAGAAGUGUACGGAAGUAAAGACCGGCCGUGGAUCUGGAACAUUCCUUAUGUCAAAGCACCAGAUACACACGGGAACAUGUGGGUGCCCUCCUGAGAGCCCUGAAGCCCUGUGAAAUUGGAGCGUAAGAUGUUGAGCCUCAGAUCCUGAAUGUUCUUGUUUGUACUCAACGUUCACUUUCCUCAAAGUCUUACUUUCACUUCUAGAAAACUCUUUGUAAAGGUUGCUCUCGUGAACACGGGUGUUGCACUUUUAAUGGUCAUUACUGACACUCCUACUUUUAAAAAAGUGCUAUUUUCUUAACUCACUUUUAUAUGCUUUGGGAAGAAAGCAAUUAAACUUCACGAUGUUAAAAAUAUAUGUACAUAUAUAAAUGUGAAAUUAUUCUUCUGGCAAUGUAGACUGUCGCGGUAGUGCCAGCUGUUCUGAACUGAAGGUUGACCUUGCACUUGGUACUUCCUCCCUCUCCAUCUCCAGAGGUGCCCUCCAUCCAAACAGGAGCUUUGCUGUCUCGCUCCUGCCCUCUCUUCACUUUCCGGGUGUGCCUUGAACACACUGCAGAACCUGAGUCUAAAGACAUUCCUGGGAUCAGUGGCUGAGGCUGGUGAGCAG